AUGAACACUAAUUCAGCUUCUUUCAAAAGCAUUCUCGCGGGUGUCCAAAAACUUCGUAAUGCCCAUGAUACCAACGAUGGAAAUUCCGCCAAUCCUGCUACUUCUAAGGCUCCCAUCGAACCCAGACCAGUUAAGUCUCCUUCAAGACCCGUGCCAGUUGCAAACCGGGAUACGCCGGUUGUCAAUGCGUUCAACCAGCGCAAGAAUGAAGAAGAAGCUGCACACCAAGUUUCUCAGGUCGAAGAGCGUAAACGCAAAUGGUCAAAAGUAUCACCAAACCCCACAUCUGGAGCUUCUGGCAAGGAAAAAAAUGUGCUUGUCAGUGUAUCACAACGCGGAAAUCCGCUUCUGAGUAGUCUGACCAAUACGAGCUGGCGCUAUGUGUCACCAUCGGGGGGAAACAAAAUAUAUUACGAUUAUUGCGUACAGGGUCGCAAUAUAGUAUUUCUAUCCCUGAAGUACCACAAACUGCAUCCUGAGUAUAUUUCAAAAAAGAUUCAACCACUGGUCAAGCUCAAGAACAAUGUGUUGAUUUGUGUAGUCGACGUCGAAAGUUCCGAAAACAUACUCAAGGAUCUCAAUAAAGCGUGCAUGUUCAACGGAUUUGCUCUUUUGCUCGCCUUCAACUUCGAGCAAGCUGCGAAAUAUAUUGUCUUCAUGAACAAAUGA